AUGACGUGGCGUCUGUCAUGCUUUGGUGUUUACAUGCUGUUGACGUAGCGCUAUCAGAAAGAAAAUGAAGGCUCUUAUAUUGGUCGGUGGUUAUGGUACCAGACUUCGGCCGUUAACUCUUACCAAACCCAAACCAUUGGUGGAAUUUUGCAACAAGCCUAUGAUGUUGCAUCAAGUUGAAGCUCUUGUUGAGGCUGGAGUAGAUCAUGUAAUUUUAGCAGUCAGUUAUCGAGCUCAAAUGUUAGAAGACGUAAUCAAGAAAGAAGAAGCAAAGUUAGGAAUCAAAAUUAGUAUAUCUCAAGAGCAUUCACCUUUAGGUACAGCAGGACCACUUGCAUUAGCCAGAAAAAUUUUAGAAGGUGAAGAACCAUUUUUUGUUCUGAAUAGCGACAUUAUUUGUGAUUUUCCUUUUAAAGACAUGGUUGCAUUCCAUAAACAUCAUGGUCGAGAAGGAACGAUUGUGGUUACUCGUGUUGAAGAACCUGCUAAAUAUGGUGUUGUAGUAUAUGAUGAACAGGGGAAAAUACAACGAUUUGUUGAGAAGCCUCAAGAAUUUGUCUCAAACAAAAUAAAUGCUGGGUUGUAUAUGCUUAAUCCUUCUGUUUUAAAUAGGAUAGAGUUGAGACCUACAUCUAUAGAAAAAGAAGUUUUUCCAGAAAUGGUUGCAGAAAGCCACCUUUAUGCUUUUGAAUUAAAAGGAUUUUGGAUGGAUGUUGGACAGCCAAAAGAUUAUCUGACUGGGAUGUGCUUCUAUUUGAAUUAUUUAAAGCAAAAAGAUCCUUCAUAUUUGCAUCAAGGCAGCUAUGUUGUGGGAAAUGUGUUGUUACAUCCUAGUGCACAGAUAGGUGAAAACUGCCGCAUUGGACCAAAUGUAGUUAUAGGGCCUGGCGUUGUCAUUGAAGAUGGAGUGUGUAUUAAGAGAUGUACUCUACUAAAAAAUGCUCGUAUACAGUCACAUUCUUGGUUAGAAUCUUGUAUAAUUGGAUGGAAAUGUGUAGUUGGUCGUUGGGUAAGAAUGGAAAAUACUUCAGUGUUAGGAGAAGAUGUUAUUGUAAAAGAUGAAAUGUAUGUAAAUGGUGGAAAAGUACUACCGCACAAAGCAAUAUCGGAAUGUGUAACUGAGCCACAAGUCAUUAUGUAAUAUAUUUGCAUGAGGAAUUUUUAUACUUAAUUUAAUAAUUUUGUAUUCAAUUUAAAUGUGCCAUAGUAUUUCUUUUUCAUCCAGCUUCAUUUGGAUGAAAUAUAUUUUUAAUAAUUGAUAGCAAUUUAAAUUACAAACGAUGCAUGCGAAAUUUUCUAAAACCAUAAGUUUAUCUGUUUAUAAAAGGCAUAUGAAGGCAUUUCUUGAAUGGCUUGGCUACCAUGCUUUGGUGCAAGUAAUGUUAAAACUUAAUUUGUGAAAGUAAUGUUAAAACUUAAGGUGCAGCUAAUGUUAAAACUUAAUUUGUUGUGAAAGUCUGCAUUUGAAGUCAAAAUAUCUUUUUGAGUGGAUUUCACUGCCUUUAAUUUGUGCCUUUGAUCUUUAUAAGUGUACUUGGAUGGUCAAGAAUACAAAGUAUUUGAUCCAAAAUCUUGUUUUUGCUUAAAUGAUCUCUUAUAGUAGUGCUGAUAUAAAAACAUUUUAUUAUCUGUGGAAAAUACAACAUUUUUAAUUAAAAUAAAGUAUUUUUCAGAGAUACUAAAAAACUUUAAAUGAAAUAAGCUAUGUUUCAUAGAAUGAAUUUCCUAAUGCUAGAAAAAUAAUUCUUUAAUAAUUUUUUUUUAAUGCAGGAUGAUCCUGAAGCUCAUAAACUUGGGGUGGGGAUGUAUUUUGGUAGAUUUACAAUAUAGAGUAAUGAAGUUAGCAUAAAAUACAUAAAAUCAGUUUUCUAAGGAAUUUUGUUACAUAACUAUUAAAAUUAUUAUGUUUACCAGAUGGCAUUUCAUCCAUAAAAGAACACAAAAUACUCGUAAUAAAUGAUGAUUAUGGAGCCAUUAUUAUUGAGAUGAGCUUAUGGACAAUAUAAACAGCAUUUCUUUAGAAAUCAUUACUACAAACCUUUGCAUAGCACUUUUCUACAUUGCCAUUGACCUAGGUCUUUAGGUAGCACUAAUAUAAAAAUCAUAGUAUUUUAAGAUCUAGUUUACUGUUCUGUUCAUCUUGAAAUUGAUGGCUUAUUAUUUUAUUUUCAGUUGUUGAGGUUAUUUUGGAACUUGAGAUUAAGAGAAAAGUAAUAUGAUGCAGUGCUCAAUAAUGUGAGAAAAAUCUCUGAAAUUGUUACAUAACAGUUCAUUAUAAAUACUAACUUUUUACAGUAAUAAUUAAGGGAUAAUUAAUUGUACAGUUUUAAUUUUACAGUAAUAAUUAAUUGAUAACCAAAACCAUUCAGAAUUCCAAGACCACCAUCAAAACAGGAUAUAAUUGCAGUUAAAAAUUUACACAGUAAAAUUAGUGUCUGAAAAUUUUAUAAUUACUUUUGUUUAAUGUGUUAAUUGUGUUAGCAUCUGUAAAUUCACCUGAAACUUUUAAACACUUAUUGACAUUUGGAUCAUCUUGUACUUGGAUAUUGUAGGUAUUCUUCAACUGCAUGUUUAUGUAUUUUGGAGAGCAUUAGGGAAUAUAGUUAGCAGUACUUGCAUGGAAGUUUCUUAAACUAUGUAUAAUAUUUUAUAGUUUGAAAUUAAGUUAUUUGUCUUGCUUAGAAAAUAUAUGAAUGUUUAAUUUUAAAUUUAGCUGAUUUCCUGCUGUGUACCCUAUCUAAGAUAUUAAUGAAUUUGUUUAAGCAAACAAUAAAUUGGGAUGGAAACCACGUGUUAAAGCUAUGCAAUCACACACCCAGAAGUUAAGCUAUUUGAAUAAUAAUUAUUUUCACAUCCAGAAUUAGGGAAAAAGAGGGGAAAAUACUCUUACUUUUUUGCAUAUGCCAAAUGAAAUUUCAUUCAUCAUUUGUCUCAACAUCUAGAAACUUAGACAUAAAUUUGUCUUCCAUCCCUUUCCAAAUACAAAAUACAUUCAUCCUUUUUAUUUGAAAUUAUGCCACUUAUUAGGGAUUUUCUCUCCAGAUAUCAUAGUAUUUGUGUUAUAUUUGUUUAACUUUUGCUUCUUUUAUGGAUAGAUGCAUAUUAAUUUUAAUUUUAUGUUAUUUAAGAAGUUGUAUUUCGUUUAAACAUCAUCUUCCUUUUUAUAUUGACAAGCUGCUCAGAUUUAUCAUGUUAUUGCUAUUUUUCUACAACAUAUUCUUUCUCUUUGUUCACUUAUUUAAUUUGUGUUUUAAUCACACUUCCCUCCCCAACUGUGAAUUAUUUUGUUGUUCAAUGUAUCUGUUUACCUAUUCAUAGUAUAAUAAUGUUAAUUAUUUUAUUGACAAGAAAUUUCUGGUAAAUUUUAUUGAGGUUUUAAAGGUAAUAAAAUUAGAUUGAUAUAUUGAGCAAAUGCCUUGUUAUUGAUUUUGGUAUUAUUAAUGAAUUUUAUUUGUUAAUUUUGCAAAUAUUAAGGAAUACUUUUUGACACUCUUAAAGGAAAUAUAUAUAUAUAUAUGCAUAUUAUUUUACUCUUAAAUAUGAAAAGUUAAAUUGAUAUAAUUUUUAUGUUUAAAUUGAAUAAUUUUUAUGUUUAAGAGAUAUUAAGUUUUAAUUUUGAUGUUAUUUUUUAUUCCAUUUUAUUUAUUAUUUAUUCAUUUUUUGUCAAGAAAUCAACAGAAAAAUUAUGUAUAUUUUAAUAGUUAAAAGUUUUGUUCAGCAGUAGCUAAAAAGAGCUGUACAUAUUAAAUUGUAUUUCUUGUAGGGGACUUGCUAAGAUUAACUUAUUGGUGUAACAAAUAACCUUGUAUGUAUGGCAAAUAUUGUUUUCUCAUGUAUUAUAUUUAGCCUCAGAACAUUUAAAACAAAUAUUGUUGUGUUGUUUUAAGUUUGAGAUGUUUUAAUAUUCAUUCUUUAGUUUUACAUAUGCAUUGUUAAUUUUUUAGGGAUUUGUCACUUUUAGUUUUACAAACUAUUUUUUAUUUAUUAUCAUUUAUUUUAAAUUUUAAUGGCUUAAAAUAAGAUUUUAACAUUUCUAAACUUAGAUGCAACUAAUUUUAAAAAUAUGAACAGUAUUACAAAAAGUUAUUGAACUGUUAGCAGUUAUUGAACUGCUCAUUGUAAUGAAAUAAUUGGCAAUAUAAUCAAAUUAUAGCAUUAUAUCUGUGUUUUAGUAUGAGAAAUAAUUAUACACAUAUAUAUAUGUAAAUUUUAUUUUAAAUCUUUUUAUUUUUAUAUACCUUAGGCCUCUUAUUGUUAUGCUUUGAUAUCAGAGUCUGCCAUGUGUUAGGGAAAUUAUUAAGGAAUAAAGUAAGGGCUUAUCUGGCAUUCACAAAUACAAUAAACUGAUUUUUCUGUAAGGAAUAAUUUUACUGUAAAACAAAAGUCAAACUGAAAUAAUGUACAGUUUUAUCAUUUAAUUAUACAUUACUUUUAUAUAUUAACAAUUUUUUAAUUGCAGCUGAAAUGCUAUCACUUGGAUGUAUCCUCUUCUGUCUUUCUUGCUGCUUUCAGGUUAACUCCGGCUGAGCUUCAGUUACAAUUUUGUAUGAUUUGCUAGAUAUCAAAUUGCAUCACAUUCAUUUGGAAUAAUGUUUUUACCAUCUGCAAUUAAAACUCUUUUUUUAUAUAAAAGUUUGAAAUAUUGCUAAUAUUAAUUGCUUUAUGUCAUGGUACUUACUGUUAAAAUAUAUAUAAUAUGGUAUAUAAAUUGUGGUAUAUUGCAUUGAAUAGUUUCAGUUAUAAAGUACAAAGUCUGUAAUCCGGACUCGUCGGGACUUCGUCGAUUCCAGAUUAGGGUUUUUUCUAGAUUAUAGAUCAUCAAUUUAAAUCUGGUAAGAUGGCAUGCAGAAAUUAUACAAUUAAAAAUAUG